AUGGUCAUCGGCAUCGCCGUCGCGUGCGCGAUUGUUGUCGGCGGCGCGAUAUGGCUCGCGGUGCAUAUAUGGAGACAGAGACAGGCGAGGAAGAGGGAGGACAGGCGCUCCUCCGCUUUCGUAACCGUCCGUGGCGUCGUUAGAGAGGCCCCGGAGACGGCUCCUACACCUAGAGGCCCCCAGAUGCGGCAGGGCACCGGAUUCUCGCGAUCGAACCUCACGGCGAGCGUCGUAAUGCCCGACAAGACGGUCCUGCCCAAAGACGCGACGCGCGAAGAGAUCAUCGAGUACUACACCGCCGAGGGCAACCUGCCGCGCCCCUUUGCGCCGUUCGCACCACCCCCGCAUCCCGGAGGGAAUGCGCGCCCGGAGUCCACGGGCUCGUUCCUCUCCGUCCUGUCCGGCUCAUUCCGCAGCAGUGCGUAUUCGUCCAACCGCGCGUCGACUGCGUCGUCGUUCUCCGUGUUCGACGAAGGCAGCAAGCGCAAGGUGCGGCAGCUGUUCAACCCGACGCUGCCGGACGAGCUGGUGAUCAGCCUGGGCGAGCGUGUGACCCUGGUGCAGAGCUACGACGACGGGUGGUGCAUUGUUGGGCGUGACAGCGUGUUCAAGCCCGGCGAGGUCGACCUCGGUGCUGUGCCCGCGUGGGUGUUCGUCAAGCCCGUCAAGGGCCUCAAGGCGGAGCGCCCGAUCCGGACGACCAGUCUCGGUGUCACCGUCACCCUCGACGCGCCCGGCGGCCCGAGGGAGGACGUCAUCUCCUGGUCCAACUUCUGA